UGCCACCCGCUGCCGUUAGCCGCCACAAAAUUCUCCAAUCGCAUCGCCUGCCUCCGCACGCGCCUCGGAACCCUAGCCCCGGCGACACCUCCAGAUCCGGCGGCCUUAUACGGCGGAAUCGGCCGGUCCUACCCCACGGUCGCCGUUCCCCGGCACCUCUAGUCCCCGGCGCUCAGCACCGGAGUUCUCCGCCUGCGCUCUUCCCCCGGCGGCGUCAAAGGAAUCGCGCGGUCUCCAGGCUUCGUCUCCGCCCGCCCGGCCUCGACUCGAAGGGAUCCGCGAGCUUCCGCCGACCGCCGACCGCCUCCCAGUAGAUCGAUUUGAUCUGCGAUUCUUCUAUCGGUUCAAUUUCGUGUAUUUCAUCUGAGGGAGAGAAAAAUUCAGGCCAUCUCGUGAAAAAUUGUGAGAAAGAGAGGCCUCUAGUCUCGCCAUCCAUCCAUAAUGGGUGUUGUGUAUUACCAAUAUAAGAGUGAAAAGAAUAUCUAUUCUAUGCAAGUGCCCCAUGCUUUUAUCUCUGUCUCUGAGCUUAAGCAGCUUAUCAAGACAAGUGAUAAGCACGGUCGUGGGCGAACCCGCGGCCGUGAAACAGAAGAUAUUAUCAUCUCCAACGCCCAGACUGGCGAAGAAUAUGCAGAUGAAAGAGCAUUGGUACUACAGAACACAACUGUGCAUGUACGCAGAAUUUCCAUUCCUGGACAACUGUCAGAAAAAAUCGUCUUGUCCCCCGUGCGGGAAGUCACAGAAGGAUAUUCUGCACCUUCAAACAAGUCAGUGGUUACUGACUUAAACUCAAAAUCGUGUAACUCCACUGGAGUGCAAGAUGAAGAUGCUGCAAUUGCAGCAGUGAUCGAUGCGGCUGAAUUGAAAUUGGAGCAGCACCCAUCUAAAAGAGGGCAAGGCAGUGGAAGACAUAACUACGGUCAUGGACCAUUGGAAGGGGAGACACCUCCACCUGGCUACGUCUGCCGCUCUUGUGGCAUUCCAGGCCAUUUCAUUCAACACUGCCCACAGGAAAGCAAGACGCCUCCACCUGGAUACAUAUGCUACAGAUGCCGAAUCCCAGGGCAUUUUAUUCAUCAUUGCCCGACCAUUGGUGAUUCCAAGUUUGACAAUAAUAAAAUGAGUCGGUCUCUUGCCCCAGUAGUAACUGUAAGUCCUGUCAAUGGCAUUCUGGAAGCACUUGUCCCAGCUGCACCAGUGAGUGCUGCUGAUGACUUGCCAGCAGAGCUCCACUGCCGAUUGUGUAAAAAAGUGAUGAUAGAUGCAGUAUUGACAAGCAAGUGCUGUUUUGACAGUUUUUGUGAUAAAUGCAUUCGGGAUUACAUUAUUACGGAAUCGAAGUGCAUUUGUGGAGUCAAGACACUAGCAGAUGAUCUCAUUCCCAAUCAAACACUUCGGAGCACAAUCAGCAAUAUGUUGGGAACACGGGCUAACAGCGGUGGAAGUGGUACAACCAAGCACAGAAGUUCAUCAGGAAGCAACCCUGAUCCCCAAUUACAGAGCCAUAUCCCUUCUGCUACCUCAGAAAGGGAGAUGAAGCAAUCAACAAAUCUCCAGCUAUCAGCAGCAUCUGCACCUAAUGAUGGACUCCAGGUUGCCACAGAAGGUGAUCUAGUGAACCAGCCUCUAGAGAAAUCACCCGCCAACGUUAGAACUCUGAGAAAAGAUGAAGGCAGUUCUGCGGAAGUGUCAGCAGAGAAGGCUGUAGCAAGUGCUGAAGUCCUCAAAGUAAAAGAUGGAAGUGGAUUGACGUCGAAGAUCACUACUGUUUCAGGGGCCCUAGAACACAAUGCCACUAGGUCAAAUCAACUGAAGAAGAAGCGGAAGAAGGCAGACUCAACUAAGAACGUUAAUCCUAACAUUGUUAACAAUGUUGAAUAUGGUUACAACGUUCCAUUUGACCCUGCAUAUUGCAACCCUUUUGUCAGUGGGUAUCCUUGGGUGCCUGAACCUUACAUGUACAGCUCUAUGGGCAUGCCCUACGGUGGUUAUCCAAUGGACCCAUAUGGUGUAAAUCCCUUCAAUGGCAUGCCACUGCAGGCUCUUGCAAUGCAAGGCUAUCCAGCAAAUUAUCAAAGGCCUGAAACUCAGCCCACACAUUACCAUGGCAGUGAAGCUGUUGCAGCACGACCUAGGCUGGCUGAGAGACCCAAGGACACUAGUCGUCUGCCCCAAUCAUCAGAGCGUAACCGCCAACUGGGCUCUCCUCACAGAUCAGAAUCGAGGAGCAGAACAAGGUCAAGUUCCGAGAGAAGGGACCAUGGGCGUUCUGACAGGGCCUCUGAUGACUACUAUGAGAAUCACUCGAGUAGGAGGAGAACGCGCGAUCCUUCUCCAGUGUAUGGCGACAAGCAGAGCAGCCGGAGGUCGAGACCCAGUUCCAGGAGUCUGAAUCGUGAGGAUUCGAGCGACGAUGAGCGCAACUUCAAGAGGAGAUGGGGCCGCAGAUCAUCAGUCACUGUCGAGACGAGGCACUGAUGAACGAAGAUAGGACGACUGGACGAGGGAGUACAAGUGCAGCAUUCCUGAUCUCCUAUGCUGUCUUUAUAGGUUCCUUUUAUUUACUUGUAAUUGUAUGUAUGCCCCUGAAAGCAAAGGAAAGCUUCUCAGAAAGCAGAGGAAAGAUUUUCCCGAGGCGAAAUGUAAUCGUCAUCCAUCGAUGCAGCGCUCUGUACUAACGAGAGCAGCUAGCUCUCGUCUCUGUAAUGCAAUGUCUCCUCCAAACAUAAAUGGAAUUUCCCUAAUUUCCGCGUUAUUUUA